AUGAGGCAAAUUUGGCAGCUCAAAGAAAAUCUGCUGGAUUUAUCUGCCGAUGGGAUGCUGCAAUUGGAAUAUAAGACUGUCAAUUUGGAUACCUUUUGGUUUAAAAGGAAAUCAGAAUACCCAGAAUUAACAACUGAGGCUUUGAAGUGUUUGAUUCCAUUUGCCACCUCGUACUUGUUCGAGUUGACAUUUUCAUCAAUGGCCCAAAGAAAAAGUAAGAAAAGAAAUCGCUUAGAAGAAGAGGCUUGUUUUGCACACGCGCGCUGCUACAACCCACUGCGACAACACUUGGCUAUCUAA